AUGACGUCUCUGACUCUUGUCACGGUGGCCGUCUGUAUGUUCGCCAUUCCUGCAUUCGGUGGCUGGUCUCCAUAUUACUACAAGCAUGGUCCACGCGGCUCAGGUUUCCCAUUUGAAGGUCCCUUUGGUAGAGGAGGGCGCCAGGGUCCUGCAAGAGUUGACCAGGAUGGUGCACGUGACGGUGGUGCAGGACUCGGAAGUGCUGGAAGAGUCAGAGGUGCUGGCGGACUCGGAGGCCUUGGAAGAUUCGGAGGAGCUGGAGUGCCCGGAGGCAUUGGAAGUGCUGGUGGGUCCGGAGGCAUUGGAGGUGCUGGAGGUAAUGGAAUGGGAGUAGGUGCUGGCGCAGUUGGAGGUGCCGGACAAGGUAGACCUUCUGACCGACUUCCCCGGAAACUGCCUCAGCCGGAAGUAUACAUCAACCCUCAGGACGCCGUGGCCACAUCUGUGGUCAGAACCACUGACCAGUACUUCUAUAAACCCGCACCUGUUGGCUUUGACAACAUCAUCACAAACAUCAAUGGCGGGUACAACACAGAAUAUGGUGUCUUCACUGCUCCUGUGCCAGGAAUCUAUUCCAUCAACUACCACGUACAAAGCAAGAAAGGCAGCACCAAGGAGGCCCAUGUGGAUCUGACCCAGAACGGAGAAGUCGUCAACUCGGCCAAGGCAGAAGGUGAUUGUGUCACGGCCUCCAACUCCGCCGUCCUCUACCUUGACCAGUUUGACCAGCUCAGUGUUAACGGUCGUGAAGGAACCAUCAUUGGCUGUGAGAAUAACGGUUUCUGUAGCUUUAGCGUGUCUCUGGUUAAACCGGGUAGAUUCACGGAUCUGAAAAUCCCCAGAGCUGUACCAAUGGACAAAUGGUAA